UGAGCGUUCUUGCGACUCAAAAAUUGGUACCAGUUGAUGUUAAACGAAGAGAAAACCCGUAGAACGUUCCUAUCUCGUAAACUAGUUUCUGAAAAAACAGAAUUCAAGUUCGUUUUCAACGUAUACCCCAGAUAGUGUCCCUACAUUUACAUAUUUCAAAGCUAAAUUUUGUAUGGACCUCCUAAUUUGCCUCCUCAUCCUCCAGUGCAUUAUGCACCUUCCAUUUUGGCCACUCACGACAAGGUGAAGGAAGCAUGGUCAAGAAAUAUAGGUCUAACGGUUUUUGCUUCUCAGAUUUCUACAAAUAUACCCAAAAUUUGAAUGCCACAUCAAUCAGCUUAUUUGUUAUGCUAAUUCACUGAUACCAUCUUAAGCUGGAUGCAUAAAUCAGAUCUGGGUUGCGUUUUUUAAUUACUGUUUGUCAGAAUGGUCAUUAAUAGGGUACUGGUGCUGGUACUGGGUUUUGUCUCCAUAGUGAUUUUUUCUGACUGUAUAUUCCUCUGCUUAGCACAAAAUGGAACGAGACCUGCAACUGUAAAUGUGGGUGCUCUUGUAGCCUACAAUACCACUAUUGGGAGAGUAGCUAAGAAGGCCAUUGAGUUGGCAUUGGAGGAUAUCAAUAAUGACGAGACUCUGCUCAACGGAACCCGACUUGUGCUCACUAUGAUGGACUCCAACUGCAGUGCUUUCAUAGGUACUUCAGCAGCUCUGGAGUUGAUGAAAAAAAAAAACAUGGCAAUACUAGGACCUCAGUCUUCUGUUAUUGCUCAUGUCGUUUCUAAUAUAGCCAGUGAACUUCAAGUACCAAUUAUGUCAUUUGGAGCAACAGACCCAACUCUAUCCUCAUACCAGUAUCCUUAUUUUCUUCGCAUGACUCACAGUGAUAUCUAUGAAAUGGAAGCAGUUGCUGCUGUGAUUGGCUUCUAUGGCUGGAGACAUAUUGUGGUCAUGUAUAUAGAUGAUGAUUAUGGAAGGAAUGGAAUAGCUGCAUUGAGUGAUGCACUUGAAACUGUAAGAGCCAAAAUUGUUAAUAAAGUAGCAUUUGCUCCUGGAGUCAGUAAUAAUGAAAUUGGAAGUGUGUUAGUACAGUUAGCUUUGAUGGAAUCACGAGUAUUUGUUGUGCAUAUGAAUCCUGAUGCAGGUAUGAAUCUUUUCUCUGAAGCACUGAACCUUGGAAUGCUGAGCAGUAGCUAUGUUUGGAUAGCCACAGAUUGGCUUUCUUCCCUUUUGGAUUCUAAUUUACCUGAUUAUGAAACCAUGAAUUCACUCCAAGGAGUUAUUGCUUUACGUCCAUAUGUGCCAAUUUCAGUUCGGGAGCAUGCUUUUACAGUAGGAUGGAACAAUCUGUUCAAGGCUAGAAGUGUCGAUGUCCACUUGAAUGCUUUUGGACUAUAUGCGUAUGAUGCAACUUGGGCAAUUGCCUACUCAAUUGACAAUUUUUUCAGCAAAGGAGGAAACAAUUCUUUUAAGAAUUAUCCUCAGUUAUCAAAUGCAAGUGGAAGCCAAACACAGCUAGCAAAACUAAAGGUCUUCACAGGAGGUCCAGAACUGCAGAAGAUACUGUUGCAAUCUAAUUUUACAGGCUUAACUGGUCCUGUGAAAUUUGGUAAGAAUGGGGACUUGCUUGCUUCUAGCUUUGAGAUCAUCAAUAUAAUUGGAACAGGAUUUCGCAAGGUGAGUUACUGGACAAAUCACUCAGGGCUAUCUGCUAUUCCUCCACAAAAUAGAGUUGCCAAGUCACAUGCCCAACAUAUCGUGGACCAGAAAAUGCGUGAUAUUAUAUGGCCAGGUGAAAGCAAACUGGUACCACGCGGGUGGGUAUUUCCUAAUAAUGGUAAGCAUCUUCUAGUCGGUGUGCCCAGAAAGGUUGGAUUUCAAGAGUUUGUGAGAGCAGUGGAAGGAACCAACAUGAUGAAAGGAUUCUGUAUUGAUGUAUUUGUUGCUGCAGUGAACUUGCUACCUUAUCCUGUUCCAUACACAUUUGUAUCUUUUGGAAAUGGAAAAUCAAGCCCAAAUUAUGACGAGCUUAUGCAACAGCUUGCCUCAAAGAACUUUGAUGCAGUAGUCGGGGACAUUACAAUUGUGACAAAUCGGGCAAAGAUCGUGGAUUUCACACAACCUUAUAUAGAUUCAGGCUUGGCAAUAGUGACUUCUCUCCACGAGGCCAAUCCCAGUGGCACUUGGGCUUUCCUGCAGCCAUUCACAUUAGAAAUGUGGUGUGCAACUUUUGCAUUCUUUCUUAUCAUGGGAGCUGUUGUAUGGAGUUUGGAGCAUAAAUCAAACCCCGAUUUUCGAGGAAACCCAAAGAAGCAGGCCAUGACCAUUCUCUGGUUCAGCUUCUCAACAAUGUUUUUUGUCCAUAGAGAAAAUAUUGUGAGUGCCCUUGGACGAGCAGUGCUUCUAAUAUGGCUAUUUGUUGUUUUAAUAAUCAAUUCCAGUUAUACUGCAAGCCUGACUUCAACUCUCACAGUACGACAGCUUUCACCAACAAUUAGUGGAAUUGAAAGUUUGACUCAAAGUAAUGAACCAAUUGGAUAUCAAGCAGGGGCCUAUGUUGGAAACUAUUUAUCAGAGGUGCUCAAUAUAGAUAAAUCCAGACUUGUUCCUCUUGAUUCUGCAGCAAGUUAUGCCAAAGCAUUGUCCCAAGGACCGAAAAAUGGAGGCGUAGGAGCAAUCAUCGAUGAAUUACCAGUUAUCCAACUCUUUCUCUCAACUGAAUGCAGUUUUAGAACUGUUGGCCUGGAAUUCACCAAAGGAGGAUGGGGAUUUGCUUUCCCAAAGGAGUCUCCAUUAGCAAUUGACAUGUCAACAGCUAUCCUGACACUUUCAGAAAGCGGUGAGCUUCAGAGAAUUCAUGAUAAAUGGUUAAGUAGAAAUCGGUGCGGUUCACAAGAAACACAAAUUGAUGCUUCUCAGCUUCAACUGAAAAGCUUUUGGGGCCUUUUCUUGAUCACUGGAGUGGUAUCAUUUACUGCCUUUGUUGUCUUUUUGGGUUGCAAGAUCUUUCAAUUCAUUCAGCACUUCAGGCAUACAAAUGCCAGAGAUGGUCCUCUUCUUACCUCAAGUUCCUUAAUGUCACGAAUUUUACAUAGACUGCAAUUGUUUGCUAAAUUUAUAGAUGAGAAGGAGAUUGUUGACAAGAAAGAAGGUUCAGCACCCAUUUCUGAAAGAUGUGAAACAGAAUUCCUGACAUGAACCCAGUUUCCAGUACUUACCACUGGAAGCCCUGUCAAAGAUGCCAUGCUGAUACAUCAAUCUUAGCUGCUUAAAAUGUAAUGCAGUGUUAUUUGCUCUAUAUUUGUGUGAUUGCUUAUUUAUCGAAGAGGCUCAGGUAUGAGCAGAGGUGGCAUAGAGAUCGAGACAUCAGCUGGCAAUAUUUUGGGUUUGGGUCUGUAAGUUAUGUUCACGUUUUAUCUUGAAGUGCCCCCAUGGUGACACAUGGACGUGCACAGAUUAUCAAAAGUCUGAUCCCUAUCUCUAGAAACCUCAAGAUUGUUACCGUAAAAUUCCUUCUUCCCUACUAUUUGUACCAACCUCUUUGGGCAGAACCUCAAAAAUAUUAAUAUAAUUGCUAUGUAAAAAUUAAUAAUUUUUAGCAAAGAAAAUAUGAUUAACAGGCAUGGAUAUUUUUAUUGUA